AUGGCUACAGCUGCUGACGGCACCACACUUGCCUCUCCGUCGCAGACGGCGACCGGUAGUUUGGUGGAUACUACUGACUUGGCCCCUGCCAGGCACCCGGGGCUCAUUCGAACGAGGCCGGGGCAAGGAAGAAAAUCCAAGGCUUGCCAUGAAUGCAAGAAGCUAAAGAUACGAUGUGAGCUCCCUUCGGGCAGCCGCAAGUGUCGCUACUGCCAGCGACGGGAUCUAGACUGCGUCGUAAACCACACAGUCACCACGCAGGUGCAUGAUGGCGAGUUGAGGGGCAGCUUGGCGUCUAGCGAGGAGUCUCAGAAGAUUGAUGCCCUGCGACAAGAAAUCCAGGCCAUGAAGGCAUCCCUCGAUGCUCUUCUAGCCCGCUGCCCUUUGCAGCAAGGGCAGGUGUCAGCGCUACAGGCCUUGGGUCAACACCAGGAAGCGGAUGCCCUAGCGAAGAGUGUGGCUUUACCCUCCGCCGAUGACGACAACACACAGAUGGCCAUGACCAGAGAGAACUCUCUUGAGCCUACGAUGAACAGCGACGGAAACGAACCAGUCACUCUGGAGGAGCCGAUGGGAAGUCUCUACGAGGUGACGCGCCUACGAAACAUUCGCAGCAACAAGGCCAAGACCGCCAGGCCGUCGCCGGGCACCAACGGCGAACUCAAGGACUUUAUCUCAAGAGGAGUUAUUGCAGCGGCGGAGGCAGAAGAGCUCUAUCGUGUCUUCCACAACACCCUCAACCACUAUCUCUGGGUCGGGCUGGAGCAGAUCCAUUCGUCAUUCAACUCUGUCCGUCAGUCAUCGGAGCUCCUCGCAGCUACGAUAUUGACCGUCACGGCCCUCCACAUUCCAACAUCAGCUGCCACGUUCGACGCUUGCUACAAGGAGUUUCUGGCACUUAUUUCGUCCUCCAUGUUUUCGCGCUACCACUCAAUUGACGAUGUAAGGGGCCUGUGUAUAGCUGCCUUCUGGCUGUCGGAGGUUUCAUGGAAGCUGUCAGGCCACGCCAUUCGGAUUGCUACGGAGCUCAACCUUCACCAAUCCUUUUCGCGCGCCUUGCAAGGUGACAGAGAGCAUUUCCUCAGAGCUAGACUGUGGUACAUGCUGUACGUGUGCGACCACCACUUCAGCAUCGCCUAUGGCAGGCCGCCCAUGGUUUCGGAGAGCAUUCAGAUCCGCGAGCAUGAGCUCUUUCUGGCCAGUCCGCUUUCCGACAUCCUAGAUGCACGCAUAUUGAGCCAGGUCAAUCUAAUGCAAAUACUUACGCGUGUGUAUGAUCGUUUUUCGGAGCGACGUCUACCGGACCUUAUGUACGUCCGGUCUGGAGGCAACGUGGGUUCAUCGGGUGCAGACUUUGGUCACGGCGCCCAAGGUAGAAAUGGCGAUGCAAACGCGGCAAUGCUUUCGGAAGCCGACUUGGAAGAGCUUCGUUCGUAUAAUCUUGAGAUCGACCAGUGGCGCAUGCGAUGGUACCCACGACAGCCACCGAAUCCUUUCAUCGGCAGUUUCCCGCAUCGAGGGAUCGUUUUAUACACUUACUUUGCAAAACUCCAGAUCAACUCACUCUCCGUGCGUGGUAUCUCCGUCCUAUCGGGCCGACUAUCAGCAGACCGCAAGGAGAUUGCCAACAUGGCUGUGUCGUCCGCGGUCAAUAUUCUCACCAUGUUGGUGGAUGAAGAAGAUAUGCGCCGAUCGCUAGUAGGGACACCUUUAUACGUACACACGAUAAUUGCCGUGGCAAGCGCAUUCUUGUUGAAAGUGGCGACCAAGUGGAAUCGCCUGAUGGCACUCAACAUCGAGUAUGCGUUCGUCUCACGGCUUAUAGAAAAAAUGGUCGAUCUUCUGAAGAACGCCGUCACCUCGGAACGCCACCUGCUCAAGCACAUUGCCCGCGGGUUGGAAGAAAUGCUGAAUCGUCUAAAGUCUAGGAGCGAUGCGGAGCUGUUGGCUAGCCAAGCUCGCCCCGUUGGCCCUCUUUCUGGAUGGCAGCGCGGUUCGUCCACUACCCAAGCUACACCAAGACUGCAAGAUGUCCCGGAGUCGCGUCCGAUUAGCCUGGAGGCUCUACCACCUAACUCCCACGUUGGUGGGAUGCAAGAGAUGGGAACAAUGCCGUAUCUGUACCCAUUCCAUGUAGAAGGGCAAGAGAAUGUACCUCUUGUUAGCGAAGAGUCGGCGCUCAUGAACGACGCUUUGCUGUGGCAAGCAUUCGACACCGACCCAACAAAUGAUGUAUAUAACCUGCUUUCGACGCAGUUUCACCCUUAG